UAAUGCAAAGAAGCAGUGUACUAACAAAAGGGUCACCCCAUUGCUCGAGAAAACUUUGAAGUGUUGCUUUCAUCAGUGGAAAAAGACAGUGAAAUAGAGGAAACAAAAAGGCUACACCCCCCCUUACACCCCCCACACACACACAUUUCAAUUUUUUUCAUUCAUGUUUCUGAAUUUUUUUUUCUUUCUUUCUGACUGAUUCUUAUUAUUAUUACCACGUAUGCAUGCAAGGGUCAUUCAAUUUGUUUGAUUACUUCCAAAAGUAGGAGAAUCUCAAUCUCACUGAUCUUAGUCUUAUCAUAUAGUACAAUUUAUAUGUUUUAUUUAUAUUUAUUUAUUUUUCAUAUCUUAGAUAAAUAGUAUAUAUGAGCAGUGUUAUAUAUGUGGUAUAUCAAAGGUUUAUUUUCAUAUCUACUCAAAUAUAGAUAUGGAAUCUAAGAGGAAUAGUUUUGAUGAUGGUGAUAACAAGUACAAAGAACAUCAACAACAAGAAUUUGAACAAGAACAAGAAGGUGGUGUUCAUCCUGAAGAGGAAAAUAAUGAGAUUCUUAAAAGAAGAAUCUCUUCUCAUCCUCUUUAUCAAUUUCUUGUUGAAGCUCACUUGGAUUGUUUGAAGGUUGCUGACAUUUCUAACUUGGAGAUAGAGCUAAAGAAAAAUCAAAAGCAAGCAAUGAAGAAACAAAACUUGGAUUUGUUCAGCCAAAGUGAGCUUGAUCUCUUCAUGGAAGCUUAUUGCUUGGCUCUUAGUAAGCUAAAAGAAGCAAUGGAGGAACCACAACAAAAUUCAAUGGCUUUCAUAAACAAUAUGCAUUCACAACUUAGGGAGCUAAGUAAAGCAACUACACCUUCAUCUUCUGAACAAGCUGCAUCUUCAAGUGAGUGCACAUUUAGAAGAAACCCAACAAUUUAGUGGUUGCACUUCAUUUUCAGUGUGGCAAUUAAUGCAUAUGUAAUAUCUCAAGCUAGGUUUAAUGAAUUAAUUAAGGCUUCAAUACUUAUUAUGAAAUUGUUAAGUCCAUGUUUGAAAUGUUAAGUAAUUAUUAUAUUAUUGUUAUUAUUUUGACGUCAA